GCAUACUUAUAUUCAAGUUCACAUCACUCAUUCCCUUCCUUCCAAAGCCAGACAGCAACAACCACAUAUAACACGACUAUAACAUCCAAAAGAAAACAACCAUGUCUGAGAAACUUCCCUUCAAAGUCGCUGACAUCAGUCUAGCGGAGUGGGGCCGCAAGGCAAUCGACAUAGCAGAGAAUGAGAUGCCCGGCCUGAUGAAGAUGAGGGAGAUGUAUGGCCAGUCCAAGCCCCUGAAGGGAGCUCGCAUCGCAGGCUGCCUCCAUAUGACCCUGCAGACCGCUGUGCUCAUCGAGACCCUCACCGCCCUGGGCGCUGAGGUUCAAUGGUCCAGCUGCAACAUCUUCUCCACCCAGGACCAUGCUGCUGCAGCCAUUGCCAAGACCGGUGUUCCAGUGUACGCUUGGAAGGGCAUGACCGAUGAAGAGUAUGUGUGGUGCAUCGAGCAGACCAUCUACUGGAAGGAUGGCCAGCCCCUUAACAUGAUCCUUGACGAUGGCGGUGACCUGACCAACAUGGUCCACAAGAAGUACCCCAAACUGCUGCCAGGAAUCAAGGGUGUGUCUGAGGAGACCACUACCGGUGUGCACAACCUGUACAAGAUGUUGAAGAAUGGUGAGCUCAAGAUCCCAGCCAUCAAUGUCAAUGACUCCGUCACCAAGAGCAAGUUUGACAACUUGUAUGGCUGUAGAGAGUCUCUUAUUGACGGAAUCAAACGGGCAACGGAUGUGAUGAUUGCUGGGAAGGUGGCGGUUGUGGCUGGCUACGGUGAUGUUGGCAAGGGCUGCGUUCAGGCGCUCCGUGGGUUUGGUGCCCGUGUCAUUGUCACAGAGGUGGACCCUAUUAAUGCCCUGCAGGCUGCAAUGGAAGGAUACGAAGUCACCACCAUGGAGGAGGCUUGCAAGGAGGGGAACAUAUUUGUGACCACCACUGGCUGUGAGGGCAUCCUUUUGGGCAAACACUUUGAGCACAUGAAAGAUGAUGCCAUAGUUUGCAAUAUUGGCCACUUCGACUGUGAGAUCGACAUGAACUGGCUCAACGCCAAUGCCGCGGAGAAGAUCAACAUAAAGCCACAGGUGGACCGCUAUGUCAUGAAGAACGGCCGCCACAUCAUCGUCUUGGCCGAGGGCAGGCUGGUCAAUCUAGGCUGCGCCAUGGGCCACCCCAGUUUCGUCAUGAGCAACUCCUUCACCAACCAGGUGCUCGCCCAGAUUGAACUGUGGAAAAACAACAGCAAAUACCCCUUGGGAGUAUACUUCCUCCCUAAGAAGUUGGAUGAGGAGGUGGCGGCCGCCCAUCUCGACAAGCUCGGCGUCAAGCUGACAAAGCUAACUGAUAAACAGGCCAAAUACCUGGGUCUGCCCCGCGAUGGACCCUUCAAGCCGGAUCACUAUCGCUAUUGAGAGUCUGUCUUGAUGGUGGCCAAGUUGCAGCCCAGAGUCCUGGUGGGGUCUGGAAGUAUUGGGUGGCGUGCGGGCACGUGGGUCUGGAUAGGGAAAGAUUCUCAGGAGUGUUUGUUUUGCUUCAACUUCUCAUCAAACACUUACCCACUGUAUCCACACAUCUAUAGAUUAUAACCAGAUCUCCUUUGCCUUUCAAAUAACAACAAGCAUUAAGUGGCUUCUAAUGCAUCAUUCUUUUUUAUUUGAUAAUGGGUGAAAUCCAAAUCUCCCUACUAUUCAAGUUGACAUAUAGUGCUAACAUGGUGUCAUGUCAUUGUCGUAAGGAGAAAUUCCAAAGUACCACCAAAGCCGUUCUAGUCUGGCUUAAAUGACAGUUUCCACCAUGACAAAAUGUCCUAUUUUCUAGAACAUCUUUAAAGGAUUCCCUAAUGUGUUUUUGUAUCAUUAUCAGCCCAAUGUUGUAAGCCUGGAAUCUGGCCUCGUCAGGACAAAUUUCUGCUGUGUAUAGCCGUCAAAUCAUGUUUAUCCUAAGUGUUGUAUUUCAUACAGCACUUGCACUAUUGUGAAAUGUGGUGCAAUAAAGGAACACAUUUUACUGGA